AUGGCCGGCACAAGUUCUAAACCCUUCGUUCUGCUGCUGGGUACCUGCGACACCAAGCUAUCGGAGCUCCUCUACGUACGGUACCAUGUGCUCCAGCAUGGUGUCGGCGUUAAGCUUAUGGAUGUUAGGCGCAACCCUGUACUUCAUCAAUAUAUUGACUACACUCAUGCCCAAGUACUCUCGCAUCUCUCAGUCCAGCGCGAUACGGACUCAAUGGAGCGAGGCCAAGUCAUCAAGACAAUGACCUCGGCAGCGUCCUCUUUAGUAACCGAGCUUCAUUCUCGUAAGAUGAUCACUGCUGCCAUCUGUAUAGGCGGCUCCGGAGGUACAUCUUUGGGAGCAUCAGUGAUGCGCUUCGCCCUCCCAAUUGGCUUUCCCAAAUUGAUAGUCUCAACAGUCGCAUCUGGCAACGUAAGUAAUUUUGUUGGUGAGACUGAAAUCACGAUGAUGUAUAGCGUGGUAGAUGUAGCGGGUCAAAACUCAAUCUUGAAUCCGAUUCUCGAGAAUGCGGCUGGUAUAAUUGCGGGAGCUGCCAAAGCCUUUCAUGAUCGCUCAGAGAAGGAGAAAAAUGAUAAGGUGGCUGAUGAGAAGAGAAAGAAAAGCGUUGCAAUCACAAUGUUUGGUGUUACUACUCCCGCAGUCGAAGCUGCAAGAGCGCAGCUCGAAAGCAAUGGCUACGAAGUCUUUGUAUUCCACGCGACUGGCGUUGGAGGACGGGCAAUGGAGAAGCUCAUUUCGCAGCAUCGAAUCGAUGGUGUGUUAGAUUUGACAACGUCGGAGCUAGCAGACGAACUAGUAGGCGGAAUCAUGAAAGGAGGACCGGACAGACUCACGGCUGCAGCGCGAGCUGGCAUUCCACAAGUGGUGAGCUUAGGAGGUUUGGAUAUUGUCAAUUUCGGACCACGUGCAUCUGUUCCUGCUCAGUUCAAAGCGAGAUUACUUUACGAACACAACCCAGAUACUACGCUUGUACGAACCUCUGUAGACGAGUGUCGCACAUUGGGAAAGCAGAUUGCAGAGAAGUUGAGAACCCAUGUCGAAAAGCCGGACAUGGCACGAGUCUUUAUACCUUUGGGUGGUAUCAGUAUGCUCUCGACAAAAGGGAGGGCCAUACUACGAUAA